AUGGGGUUUGAAUCGGCGGAAAGUGUUGGAUAUGUAGACUAUUUCGAGAGGCUUAGUUCCUUGUUGGAGACAAAUGAUGAGUGUCUUGUGAAAAAGGUAAUGGAUGUGUUGUGUGGAGACGGUGCGAAUAAGCAGAGCGUUAUCGAGGACGUUAUUGGAAGAGGACUAUCGAAAGAAAAUCUCUCAACGAUGAUGGAUCUAACGGAGUGUUUUCUUUGCAAAAGAAGAAGGGAAAUAAGCUUUGAGGAUGUAGAGCUGUUUGAUAUUCUGUUCACGCAAGGAGAGAAGAGGAAUCUUCUUGAGAUGAUAAGGAAGAAUGUGGAUCUUGAGAAAGAACUCGCCAAGGCCUUGUCUGGGUGGAAGAUGUACUUCAUGAGAUGGAUCAUUGAUAAUAGUCGGGUGUUUGAGUACUUCCUUGUACAUCAAUUGUUUCCAGAUAAGAGAGUAGAGGCCAGAAGAUUGAUUCAGGGUGAGAAUGGAAGUAUGGGAUUUGUCAAGUACAUGGAUAGUGACGGAUUGAGUUUAAUGAAAGGGAGUAAAGUGAUUGAUUUGGAGAAGACGUCUGAUGUGAACAGUACGCAUGCGAUAAGAGGAGAGUAUCCUCUGGGAUCGAGUGUGAGGUAUGAAGAUGGGGUUAAGAUUGUUUCUGUGCCUGGGAGGAGUGUAAGAGUCGAGUUUGACGGGCAAGCACCAGACAAUGUAAAAAGGCUUUUUGGAAAUGAUUUUAUGUUCAACUACAUCCAAAGUGUGGUUCAAGAUUCUAUAUUGAAAAGGAAUGGAAAUGUUCUUGUGUGUGCACCUACGGGAAGUGGAAAAACUGUGAUAGGAAUAAUGUCUAUUCUUAGGGAGAUUGAAAGGAGGGAGAGGAUACGGGUGGGAUAUAUUGUCCCCAUGAAAGCGUUAGCUAGGGAGAUGUGCAAAACAAUUAGUAAGGCACUUUCUGAUCACGAUACUGUUGUUGUGGAGCAUACUUCUGAUGUCUAUUCUGGAUAUAAUCACUUGGAGAAGGCAGGAGUGAUUGUAUCCACUCCAGAGAAGUUUGAUGUUUUGACAAGGAAUACAGACCUUCAGUUUGAUCUAAUGAUCAUUGAUGAGAUCCACAUAGUCGGGGAUACAAGAGGUGGGGCGAUUGAAGCCAUUGUAGCAAGGAUGUCUAUGGGUGGAGGAUGUAGGAUUGUAGGCCUCAGUGCAACACUUCCAAACUACAUGGAUAUUGGCAGAUUCAUUAGAUGUGACGACUCUGAUAUUUUCCACUUUGGACCUGAGUUCAGAAAGAGUGCCAUAGACUAUGAAAUCAUUAAUGUUGGAAUGAAAGAAAGAGAGAUGAGCAUGACUGUUGAGAAAGUGUUGGAGAACCUCGAAUCCAAUGGGCCCAUACUUGUGUUUGUUCACUCUCGGGGCGAAGCUCUUGAGGUUGCGAAUGAGAUUAAGAGAUAUAUGGAAAGGAUGGAUAGCCCCGAGGUGGAUGUAAGUCCAAAUGUUCAAGGGCUUCUAAAGCAUAGGGUCGGGAUUCACCAUGCAGGGUUGGACAGAAAGACAAGGGUAGCCGUCGAAGAUUUGUACAGAGAUGGAAAGAUAGAUGUAAUGGUGUCCACGGCUACUUUGGCAUGGGGAGUGAAUCUACCUGGAAAGACCGUGAUAAUAAAGGGUACUGAGGUGUAUGAUGCUUCCUAUGGAUGGAAGCCUGUCAAGCAGAUUGAAAUGAUUCAGAUGUUUGGAAGGGCGGGCAGGUUCGAGGAUGAUAGAUGUAAGGGGGUGUUGAUAUCUAGCAAGGAAAACGAAUUUCUUGUUCAACGAAGUAUAGACUCCAAGCUCCUUCCUAAUCUAUGUGACUGCCUUAAUGCCGAAAUAGUUAGAGGAAUGAGAAAGUUUGAGGAAAUGAUAGACUGGUUCAAAUAUACCUUCUAUUAUACAAGACUUGUGAAGAUGAGUAGAGAACCUGGAAAAAUGGUGAAGGAUCUUGUUUAUAGUGCUCUAAGACUCUUGGAAGACUCUGGACUUGUUAUCCUAGAGCCAUGUAUAUGUCCUACAACAAUAGGCGAGAUUUCAUCCAGAUACUAUAUCCACUAUAGAGAUGCAAAGAGAUUGUUUGAUGAGGUUUCGCAAAUCAUGAUGGAGUCAUCUUUAUUCCGGAUUCUAGAGAGAACAAGGGAAUUCUCUGACCUGAAGAUUGAUCAAAAAGAGAUGGAAACACUCAAGGAGCUUGUUCCCAUUCCUACUGAGUCUCCAUUUGGGAUUCUAGUUCAAUGCUACAUAGCCAACAGAAUGGACUCGAGUUCUCUAUCACAGAAUCUCUGCAGGAUGUUCAGAGUAUUAUUUGAGAUCGGAAUAAGAAAGAGGCUCGGAAUCUCCAAGAUGAUACUAGGGUGGUGUAAGGCUUCAGAGCACAGAAUAUUUCCAUACCAGACUCCUCUGAGGCACUUUGCUUGUGACAAGGAUGCCCUCAGGAACUUGGAGAUGAAGGAGAUUCCUUUUGGAAUGAUAGAGAUAUUAGGUAAGGAAGGGCUAGACGAGAUAGGUGUCUGUGGAAAUAGUAUAAUUGAAUAUCUGAAGUAUGUGCCUAAGUUUAAUAUCUUACCGAGUCUUCGGGUUUCUGCACUAGGACAUUAUAUUGUAAGCAUUGGAAUUGAGAAAGCGUUUGACGACAGUAUGAUACACUCGAACACAUAUUAUCUUUUCAUAACAGACUCAAUGGAAGAAAAGCUUAUUGUUUAUGAUGCAAUAAUAUUUGAGAGAGGAUGCGAAUACAUAAGCCAGAACUACGGACUGUGCACCAGCUCUCCCUUUGUAAAUGUUUGUCUAUUGUCCAGCCACUACCUAUGUCCCACAGAGCCCAUUCCGUUUGAUCUAAGAAAUACCUCUAGAUCUGCACUCUCUAUAUUUAGUGCUGUUUGGGAGUCUUUAAUGAUGAAAAAAGUGUCUAGAAUGAAUAAUUACAUUAAGCUAGGGCUCUUCCACAAUGAGAUUAGUACGGAGGUAGUUAUUGUACCAAACUAUUCUGAGAAAAGAAGAUUGAUGCUGUUAGGCUACAAGCCAUACACAUACGAGGAGUUUGUUUCUUGGAGGGUCUCCCCAAGGUCUGCUACCAUUCUGGAGGUUCAUGAUAUAGUUUCAAACCAUCUUAUAGAAGCCUGUAUAGUGCAGUGCAUCAUGAAAAACAUCCAGAUGGUUCUAGCAGGUCUUCCGUUUACAGUGGGUGGAGGAAUUGAAUUGAUUGGAAGUGUUGAGAAGAAUCUGAAGGAGCCUAAGGUUGAGAUAUAUGAAUCCUCUAUUCUUGGAUACCACGGGAUGCUUUCCAACUUUAGAACCAGAUUGUCUUUGAAUACACAUAGAUUGAAUAUGGAGAAGUAUUCAUGUCUCAUAAUCUGUUCGACAUCAAAGGUAGUUAAACACUUCAAAAAGUUUUUUAAAGAUGCAAGAAUUGCACUGGAAUAUACAGGGAUCAAGAAUGGAAUGUACUUCACUACAAAAAGGACGGUUGAUUUAUGGAUAGACCGGAAAUGGAAUCCUCAAGUGGACCAGAUUCAUAUGAUCGGUACGGAUUAUUACGACUAUGAGACUUCAUCUUGGGUUGACUACUCACUUGCAGAUGUUAAAAGAUACUCUCUUCUAGGUUCAAAGGUAUUUCUUUACCUGAAGCAGAGCAAGAAGGCACUUUACUUCAGCAGCGAGAACAUUCCUUUGUAUUACUGCUCUUCCGGAAGAAGAGAGCUUUACAUGUAUUCAUAUUGGCUAGGGUGUGAACCUGAAAAAAGCAUGGAGUGUCCUCUGUUUGUCAAAGACCGAGAGUUAACCCGAUACGGGAUGGUUCUGUGCAAGUAUUGUGUCGGGAUGGAUACAAUUGAGAUGUUUAAUGAGAGAAUCAAGGACAAGAUGGGGCUGAAAAGUAUCCAGGCUCUUGUAUGCAGGGCCUCUGAGGCUGUUCUGGACAUGGAUACUGAUGAGUUUGAAGCGUUGUCUAGAGCUGGGGUUGAUCUUUCUGCAGGAAAGGUACAUGGAGUGAUUUCGUAUGUACUAAGGAUGAGUGGAGGAGAUGAGUGGGUCUUUCAACAGUAUGAGGACAAGAUACUUCCCGUAAUGCAUAGGCUGUAUUUGUGUACUGUUGAGAUUUCAUUAGAGAAGAUGUGUUUGAAAACAGCUUUCAAUGCAAUGUUUGGGCUGCAGAAUAUGAUGAAGGUAUUUUCUGAAAAUAAGGACAAGUUCUACAAUGCAAAGCUUUGUGGAGGGAUUGUGCUUAUUGAGGUUAUAUCGAUGCCUAGAAGUCCUAUGGGAUGCGCUGUGUUCUUCUUAUUUGAUGGGUCGAAGGAAUCAAGUAUUAUGUAUGCUGAUUGCCCAGGGACAUAUUCUAUUUCCUGGAAGCAUGGGAGCUGUUAUGUGAUGAGUGACAGCUAUCCUGGGUUUGAGACGAUUGAGGAUGGAGGCAUAGAAAUGGCAGGUAUAUGA